UACACGAAUUGCAUAGCUGUUUUAUGCAUGUUAGAUUGGAGUUAUGGAGCUUAUCUCAAUCAGCUCGUUAAUAGGAUUUGAUUGUUGAGUAAAUAUUUGUCCGUUCUUGUUGCUUUCUUGUCCUUACAAAAGCCGUGUACAAAUUUGCUUCGUCUAGUUGACUGCUAUUUAUUUUAAUUUAUGAAAAUAGACAAGAGAAGUUAGUUUGGAUUUUUGUUAAGCAUUAUAGAGGAGAUAAAAUUGGUUUUGAAUUCGUGUUUAUAUUAUUGGAUUUAGAAGUACAGAUAAAGUUUUGAUAAUGUUCUGACAACUGAAGGAAUAUUUUUGUAAUUUUUUUUUGAGUCGGGGAUGGAGGAUAGUACUCUAACUCUAAGCGCUGUGCUAUGAUGCUCUUGGCAACUUUUGUAAAUUUAACAUUCCAUUUGACAGUUUAAAGAAAGCGUUUCUCAAUUUGCACAAGAACACAUCGCCCCUCUUGCAUCAAAAAUAGACCAGACAAAUUCUUUUCCCAAGGUGAUGCUUCACCCUUGCUCCAGGAUGUUAACUUAUGGAAGCUCAUGGGAGAUUUUAAUCUUCAUGGAAUAACUGCACCAGAGGAAUAUGGAGGACUUGGUCUUGGUUACUUGUAUCACUGUAUAACAUUGGAAGAAAUUAGCCGGGCUUCAGGAUCCGUUGGACUAUCCUACGGUGCCCAUUCUAACCUGUGCAUCAAUCAGUUGGUGAGAAAUGCGAAUCCUGCUCAAAAAGAGAAGUACUUACCAAAGCUUAUUAGUGGAGAGCAUGUUGGAGCCCUUGCAAUGAGUGAACCCAAUGCUGGUUCUGAUGUUUGUAGCAUGAAAUGCAAAGCUGAGCGUGUUGAUGGGGGUUAUGUUCUAAAUGGGAACAAGAUGUGGUGCACCAAUGGUCCAGUUGCUCAGACAUUGGUUGUUUAUGCAAAGACUGACACCACGGCUGGCUCUAAAGGAAUUACAUCAUUUAUCAUCGAGAAGGGAAUGCCUGGAUUUAGCACUGCUCAGAAAUUGGACAAACUUGGUAUGCGAGGAAGUGACACAUGCGAGCUUGUCUUUGAGAAUUGUUUUGUUCCGGAAGAAAAUGUUCUUGGCAAGGAAGGAAAAGGGGUUUAUGUCAUGAUGUCAGGGCUAGAUUUGGAGAGGCUUGUUUUAUCAGCUGGUCCACUUGGUAUCAUGCAAGCCUGUCUUGAUGUUGUACUUCCUUACAUUCGGCAACGAGAGCAAUUUGGUCGUCCAAUUGGAGAAUUCCAAUUUAUACAGGGUAAAGUUGCUGAUAUGUAUACUUCGUUACAAUCUUCAAGGUCAUACGUCUACUCUGUUGCAAGGGACUGUGACAGCGGAAAAGUUGAUCCUAAGGAUUGUGCUGGAGUUAUUCUCUGUGCAGCUGAAAGGGCCACCCAAGUUGCUCUGCAGGCUAUACAAUGUUUAGGCGGCAACGGUUAUGUAAAUGAAUACACAACAGGACGUCUUCUUCGAGAUGCCAAACUCUACGAAAUUGGGGCCGGAACGAGUGAAAUCAGGCGAAUGAUCAUUGGCAGGGAACUCUUCAAGGAGCAGUGAGAGAGAUUUGAAUUUAAAGUUGGCUGGGGGUGAAGCAGCAUCUUCAUCUGCAUAAUUAUUCUUACGACAAUUCUGAAAAUUGAAAAAAAAUGUAAUAAGCCCCAUUCUCCUAAUAAAUUUAUAUACUGUUAAAAGUUUACUAAUUGCAGAGGAAACGUAUCAUCUUA